GGUGGUGCGGCCCCGGCGGGGCAGGCGGGGACUGCACGGGAGGGACGCGCAGACGCGAGCAGCCCCGCCCACUGCCGUCCCCUCCAGCUCUGCGCGUCGCUCUGCUCCGCAGCUACCCUCACUAGGAGCAGCCCCGGGCGGCGGCACUAAGGUCCCCGCCAUGUCUGCGGCCAUGAGAGAGAGGUUCGACCAGUUCCUGCACGAGAAGAACAGCUUGACCGACCUCUUGGCCAAGCUCGAGGCCAAGACCGGCGUGAACCGGAGCUACAUCGCGCUUGGUGUCAUCGGGGCGGUGGCCUUGUACCUGGUAUUCGGUUGUGGAGCCCCUCUCCUCUGCAACCUGAUAGGAUUUGGCUACCCAGCCUACAUCUCAAUUAAAGCCAUUGAGAGUCCCAACAAAGAUGAUGAUACCCAGUGGCUGACCUACUGGGUUGUGUAUGGUGUGUUCAGCAUUGCUGAAUUCUUCUCCGACUUCUUCCUGUCAUGGUUGCCGUUCUACUACAUGCUGAAGUGCGGCUUCCUGCUGUGGUGCAUGGCCCCGAGCCCCUCCAACGGGGCAGAACUGCUCUACAAGCGCAUCAUCCGUCCUUUCUUCCUGAAGCACCAGUCCCAGGUGGACAAUGUGGUGAAUGAAAUGAAGGACAAAGCCAAAGGGACUGCAGAUGCCAUCACUAAAGAAGUCAAGAAAGCUGCCGUGAAUUUACUGGGAGAUGAGAAGAAGAGCACCUAAGCCCGCCUGAAUGAGACCUUUCUGCCCUCUGUACCUGCCUAUAGAGCUUGAUGUUGUGUUAGGGACUGUGGUAUAAUCAUUUUAAUAAUGUUGCCUUGGAAACAUUUUUGAUAUAUUUAAAAAUGGAAUGUGUGUUUUUUGCUUACUUUUACUGUCUAUAUACAUAGGGAACAUUUUAAUUUAAAUUUAAUGCAAUGGGCAGUAUUCAAAUUUUUGGAAAAUAUAUUUUGCCUCUUGGUAGGAAAAGAAAUUUAUCAUCCUGCCAGAAAUAUAAACUUAGAAUAAAAUUAUAUAUCCCACGGGCUUUGUACUUUAAUGGGCUCUCUUUGCAUGCAUUUUCUUUGUACUUAUUUUUUAGAGUACUCUUUAAAGUUCUACUUCAUGUACAAUUUUGUAUUAAAUGUUUUUGAUGUAUUUGUGCACACACACGUGUAGGGAAAUGUACUGGCUGUAACAUGCAUAAUGCUUGUGGAGAGCACCUGCCAAAAGCUGGAAGUUCCAUUGUGCUGGUGUAGUCUAAAAAGACUUCAGAAAUUUAUACAAAUGAAUACUAAUUAGAGUGAACAGUUAAGUGAUAAAUGAGUUUGAAUGGAGGUUGUCCUGGCUGUUUUCCUAACCUUGAAGCAGCUGAAUACUAGAACAGCUUUGAACAGCAGUCACUUUGCUCACAAAUGGGGAAACCUACACACAUCAGUAAUCACAGCCCCCAAUUCCCUAUAGAGCCAACUAGUAAUACUGACUUGUGGCCUUUUAUAACUUGCUUAUAAGCUUUAGGUUUGUCUGUUUUUGAGAUGCUACAAUGGAAAUCAUCCCUGGUUUCACCUUCAAUGCUAAUAUGUUGGUUUAAUUUUGUUUCUUUUCCAGUCUUUUUUUAAACCAGUUCAAGGACCCCCCAACCUGGAGACUUGCCCACCCCUGAUUACAUAUAUGCUCUUGUUUAUCUCCUUAGCCAGCAGUGCAUGCUAAUGACAACACCAGCCUCUGAGAGCUGUUCUGGGAGACUGAAAGAAAGCACGGUAUAACCCAUAGUCUGGUUGGCAGUGGUGAGGUAAAACUGCCUUCACCCUCUUCUCUGGCCUUUAAGGUCAAACACAGAAGGCCUCCCUAGUUCACAAGUCAGAAUCACCUGUAGUUGUUUAAAUGCCUUCAUCUUUAUGCUUUAUUUUGAUAAAUUGCAUAUAACUACAUAGUUUGAGUAUGUAACAAAGAGUUAAAAAAUCAAAGUCUCCAGUUUGAUCAGCCAAGUAGCUUGUUAUGGAGUAGAAAAACUGAUCUUAAUAUCAACUGUACUGCUAGGCUACUUCUGAAUUAGACUAAACUGACUAAAGAGUUCAACAAAACUACCAAAGUUAGCCUUGACGGUGUGGCUUAGUUGGUUGGGCAUCAUCCUGCCAAAUGAAAGGUCGCCAGUUCAAUCCCUAGUCAGGGCAUCCCACAUGCCUGGGUUGCAGGUUCAGUCCCCAGUCAGGGUGCAUAGGAGAGGCCUUUUAAGGCCAAUAAAUUAUUAGUUUAGUUCUCCUUUCAAUAACAGGUAAGAUCAUAAUGAUGUCUCAUGAUGUAAAAAAUAUUAAAGACAUCAAAAAAUAAGGGACGAUAUCACCCAAAUAUCACAAUACUGGAUCAGGGCAUUUACCUUUUCUAGGUACAAUAGUGGUGAUCAUAAGGCAUCUUAUUAAACUUAACUUUAAAAACCUUUAGAAAGCAAGCAAUAUUUGGAUAAAGUCAAGCUUUAGUU